CUAGAGCGCUCUUCUGUGCCAUGGCCCCUCGCAAGAGGAAGCUCAAGGCUGAGGUCUCAGAGGUCGGCCCCACCGGGAAGUGGGAGGAGUUGCCUGAUGGCGUGGCAGGCUGGGAGGAGGCUCAAGUGGUCAUGGAGCCCUGCACCAGCUGAUGCCUGCACGUGAUCCAGGCCACCGCACUUAGCCAGGCGCUGUGCAAGGUGGCACCGCAGCUGGCGGUGGUGCUGAACUUGUGGCCAUGGAGAGGCAGCCUGAAGGUGUCACUUUGGCUCUGGCACCUGGACAGCAGCAGGUCCCAACUAUAAACUGGAAUUAAGAAGGAGCCACGGCACAAAUUUAAGUUCCUUGAGCCACAGGCCUUGGUACAGGAGCUGACGAAGCAUCUUUCCUGAGGUUCAGGCAGGAGAC